AUGGCAUCGUCACCCUCGCUCUUCCGCGGGCUGCAGUUCUACCUCACGCGCACGCUGUCCCCCCAUGACGCAGACGAGCUGCGGAGCCUCAUCGAACAGCACGGCGGGGUCGUGUCUGCGUCGCCCGCGGGCGCCACGCAGCUCGUGGACUACGACAACCUGGACUCGCGACGGCCGGAGUGGGUCUCCACCGACUACAUCGUGGACUCGGUGGCGUCGGGGGCGCUGCAAGACCCCGCGCGGUACUGCGGGUCGUUAUUCACAGGGCGAGGCGCCGUAGACGGUAGAGUCCACGCCAAGCGCAAGGUCGCGUACUCGGUCGAGGACGACGCGCGCAUGCUGCACUUCGCCAAGCUGCGCGGCUGGAAGUCCAUGGACACGGUCCCGCAGAGCGCGUGGGUGCUGGCGGAGCACGAGAAGGUCACGCGCCACUCGUCGCAGAGCAUGCACGAGCACUUCCGGAAGCAGCUGAGGGGCAAGACGCCCAAGGAGCAACGAGACAUUAUGGCCAAGGCGGCGGCGGUGAUUAGAGCGCGGUUGGGCCGACAAGAGGCAGAAGAAGAGGAGAAGGACGGGGCUGCUGCAGCGACUCCCGAGCGGACGACGCCUAAUGCACGAGCAGAUCCGACCACGCCAGCUACGAGCUCGCCACCUGAAGGACGUCAGCGUGGUGGAAGUAGACAGCAGAAGCGAAAGCGGGGUACGCCGAACGGUGUGGAUGCGGAGGCAGGUUCACCGCGUCGAGAAGACGAUGAAAGUGAUGCCGAAAGCAAGAAGCAGCAACCAAAAGAGACUGGAGUCGAGUUUGCGACGGACCCUGAAACCGAUGAGAUCGUUUCUCGACUUCAGCUGGAGACGCAUCAGGAGAUGCCGUGUGUGGUCCAUGCGUUGUACUACUGCAGUGGAGACGUUGAUAUGGCCAGAGAAUUCCUCAAGGGUGCGUCACCGUCGGGUAUGUGGUCGCCCGAUGAUGACCUACUUCUUGUGAACCUGGUGGCAGAGGAAAGCAUUGAGCGCUCAGCCGUUGAGGCUGCCGUAGCACGCGGUAAUUUUGCAGCCAUGCGAGUGCCUCGCAACGCGGAUGCGAUUCUGCAUCGAGUCACGUUUUUGCGGUGA